UCCAAAGACCACAAAGCACAGCAAAGCAGAGGAAGCUGAAUCCAUGAGCUUUUGCCACUGUGGCCACUUAGCAUUGAUGAUGCAGGAAAAAGAACACAAACAGAAGCAAGAUGCAGAAGAAGCUUAAUUCGGCCGAGAAAAAAAGAAAAGAAAAGAAAACUCUCUACUUUUUGAACCAAGCAAUCACGAGACGCCCCUGAAAUCUGUGCCUUUGAAUUCAUCUUUUUGCUGCCAAAGGACCUAAUCCGUUUCAUCCUAUUAGAGCCAACCGUGAAAACCUGCCUCCCUUUCUCCCUGGCUCUGGAAAAUCAUCGCUAUAAUGAGUUUUCCCUUCCUUUCAUUCCAAUCCUUGGAACCAUGAAACACCAUUAUCUUCCUCUUCACGUUUUUCGUUCGCAUAUAUAUUUUUACGAAGUUUUCACUGAUCCAUCGCCGCUUUGAUAUUAAAAAAAAUACAAAUGCUUGGCACAAAAAUCAGUCAUGUGUUCCUCUCUCUUUGUUCUGUCUCUGAAAAACUAGGUGGGUAGUCUUUGAUUUCGUAACUUUUCUCGGUAAUUCAUGAAAACCCAGAUUUCUUUUUCAUAUCUCUUCAGAACCCAUGUUUCUGAAUCGGUUCAUGCACUUCCUGAAAUCAAUUCACACAUUCAGAAGGAGAAUUCCCUUUGACAGUUUGCUUUGAUUCAAUAUUCUCUAAUUUUCCACAUAGCCAUUUCAUAUUAAGGGCUUGAGAAGCUCACCUAGAGCUUCAAUGGCAACCUCUUGUUUCCACAUGCUUCGCCUACGAAAGUCGAAGAGCAAACAUUUGCAAAACGCUUCCUCGUCCAAGACCCAGUUCAGUUCUGAUAUGGAGAACAUGGAAAGGAAGAGAUUUGAUAGCUUCGAAUCAUGGUCUAUGAUAUUGGACUCUGAAAAUGUGGAGAAUUGGGAGGUGUCUAAGGAGGAUCAGGAGGAGUGGACCGCCGAUCUCUCACAGCUGUUUAUCGGUAACAAGUUCGCGUCAGGAGCACAUAGUAGGAUUUACCGUGGAAUUUACAAGCAGAGAGCUGUGGCUGUAAAAAUGGUUAGGAUUCCAAAACAUAAUGAGGAGACUAGAGCCUUAUUGGAGAAGCAAUUUAAGUCUGAAGUUGCCUUGCUUUCACGUCUCUUUCAUCCAAAUAUAGUACAGUUUAUUGCAGCUUGUAAAAAGCCGCCUGUAUACUGUAUCAUCACUGAAUACAUGUCACAAGGAAAUCUGAGGAUGUAUCUUAACAAGAAAGAGCCAUACUCGCUUUCAACAGAAACAAUACUGAGGUUAGCUCUUGACAUAUCUCGAGGAAUGGAAUACCUUCAUUCACAAGGGGUGAUCCAUAGAGAUCUCAAAUCAAACAACUUGCUUCUUAAUGAUGAAAUGAGGGUCAAGGUGGCAGAUUUUGGUACAUCAUGUCUUGAGACACAGAGUCGGGAAACUAAGGGAAACAUGGGAACUUACCGUUGGAUGGCACCUGAGAUGAUCAAGGAGAAACCUUAUACUCGAAAAGUUGAUGUGUACAGUUUUGGGAUUGUACUAUGGGAGCUCACAACUGCUUUGCUUCCUUUUCAAGGAAUGACCCCUGUGCAGACUGCAUUUGCUGUGGCUGAGAAGAACGAGCGCCCUCCACUGCCAGCUAGUUGUCAGCCUGCACUGGCUCACCUCAUAAAGCGCUGCUGGGCAGUAAACCCCUCAAAGAGACCGGAUUUCAGUGCUAUUGUGUCUGCUUUGGAGAAGUACGAUGAGUGUGUCAAGGAGGGCCUUCCUCUUACUCACCACUCAAGGCUGGUCAGCAGAAAUGUCAUUAUUGAACGUUUGAAAGGCUGUGUAUCCAUGUGCAGCUCCUCCAUACCCGUACUUGCCUGACCCUAUUACAAGGUAUUGUUAAUGUCUGUGUUUAGAUAAUCAUAUUAGUAGAUUACAAAGUGCAUAGUUAAUGUUUUUUCUCAACUAAGCUUUUGUGACUGUAUUUGAAUACUAUAAGAUUGGUGUUCUGCUGUAGGCAUGUCAAUCCACUCCGCAAGGAAUAACUUGGACUCGGACCCACCAUUUGGUAGCGCCCCACUUUUUUAAUAAGCUGAUUAUGAUAUGUACGUGUUUAUAUAGCCCAAAAGUUUCAAAGGAGAGAAACAAAAAAGAAUAAAUAUGCUGCAGUGAUAUACCCUCUUUUAUAUUACCCAAGUAGGAGCUAACAAGUGGUGGGUUCAGCUCGUGUUGGUAUAUAUGCCUUACUAGUUUUGAAUUCCUUCCUUUAGUCAUUGCAAUGUAUAAAUGAUGCUAAUGUUCUACUAUUUAA